CGGUGGUUUGCGCUGCUAUCACGUGCAAAAUGCCCCUCCCCCGCCAUCCUUGGCAAUCAGGUCCAGAACUCCAGAAUGUUUUUUUUAUUCUUAUCUUAUCAGAAAAGUCAGCUUCAACACCACAAACACCAUUUCUUUCCGUCUCAGCAUAUAAUCACAAUGGCGACCGUACUGCCGCCUGCUUCAAAACGACAGAAGAGAGAAGCCCUUAGCCUCACUCAGGUCCAGCAAGAUGUGUCCGCAAUCUUGACACCCGAAGAUGCUGGUUCAUUCAAAGCUCGUUUUGUCGACAGCGAUGGAAACCAAACAGAUUCCGUCGAGAUACCCCUCGCUGACGCAACCGAAAAGAAUGUUUCGCUUUUAUAUAACACACUCCUGGGUCGUGACCGCGACGACUUCGUUCCCUACCGCUUCCGCAUCCAGACCACCCAAAGUGAAGGCAUUCAGUAUCCAUCCAACCUCUUAGAUUACUUCCGCACGCACAAAAUUAGCCCGAACGAGACUACUAUUACCCUGCUUGCCGAGCCACAGGCAGUGUUCCGGGUCCAAGCCGUUUCGCGGCUCGCGCAUAAGGUUCGAGGCCAUGGACAACCAAUCCUCACAUCGCAGUUCUCGCCCAAGUCGAGCAGUCGCUUAGCCACUGGGAGUGGUGAUCACACCGCCAGGAUCUGGGACGCGGACACGGGAACCCCCAAAUUCACGCUGAAGGGACACACGGGAUGGGUUCUUGAUGUACGCUGGAGUCCGGACGGCGAGCUGCUCGCAACAUGCAGCAUGGACAAGACACUCCGGAUCUGGGAUCCCGAGACUGGCACGCCCGUGAAUCGCGAGUUGCGAGGUCAUAAGGACUGCGUCUUGAUGGCAGCUUGGGAGCCAUACCACCUCAGGAAGGACGGAGCACAGCUGAUAGUCAGCGCGAGUAGAGACGGAACUGCGAGAGUAUGGCACGUCGGCACCGGUCGCACCGAGCAUGUUCUCAGUGGCCAUAAGGGCAGCGUCUGCUGUGUGAAAUGGGGUGCUGGCGGCGAGAAUGGCACAGGCCAGAUAUACACUGGUUCCCAUGACAAGACCAUUCGGGUUUGGAAUGCCUCAGCGGGGACGUUGGUGCAUGAAUUGACGGGACAUAAGCAUUGGGUCAAUCACAUCGCGUUGUCGAGUGAGUUUGUCCUCAGGACGGGCUUUUUUGACCACACGAAAGACGUACCAUCUUCUGAAGAGGCGAAGAGGGCAAAGGCCAAGGAACGAUUUGAAUCCGCCGGCAAGACCGAGCGAAUCAUAUCCGCGAGUGAUGACUUGACCAUGAUUCUAUGGGAUCCCACCAACUCUGGUAAAAAGCCAGUCGCCCGCUUGCACGGACACCAGAAAGCAGUCAACCAUGUAGGCUUCUCGCCUGACGGGGCUCUCAUCGCGAGUACUGGAUGGGACAACCACACCCGCAUUUGGAGCGCGAGGGAUGGUUCAUUCAUGCACAAGCUUCUCGGACACGUCGCGCCAGUCUUCCAGUGCGCCUUCUCCGCCGACUCGCGGUUGCUCGCCACCGCCUCAAGGGACACGACCGUGAAAGUGUGGAAUGUACGAGACGGGAAACUCGCGAAGGACCUCCCAGGCCACGAAGAUGAGGUGUACACCGUAGACUGGGCUCCCGAGGGGAAUAUGGUGUGCAGCGGAGGAAAGGACAAGACGGUGAGGAUGUGGCGGAACUGAUGGGAGAUGGAAGGACUCAGCCCAUCACUACUAGCACACAAACACCCCUAUCGCAUCUUAAUACCCAUCUCGCGCCACCUAUUCAAUGUCAUGUUGAGCCCGGAAGACAACAGGUCAAGCAUACGCAGGAAGACAGCUCUUGCCAGUUACUUCAGUAACACCAGCGGCUGCUAUCAUUUCCCACCCUUCAGAAACAAAACGCUUGCUCUCCGUCUCCAUGCCAAAAACGGAGAUGCCCGUAGUUACGAAUGCCCAUAAUCGUGCAGCUUCGAUCCCCUGGCUCUGGAUUAAAAGCGGCGAGGUCUAGGG